ACGGACCUAAUGAAAGGGUCAGCAUACCCUGAGUCAACGACUCAACCCCACUCUCGGGGAAGAGAUUUAUCAGUUCAAGUGCCGGAGAGACUUUCUUUGAAGUACCUUCAUGCACUCUGUAAAUUCAGCUUCCAUAGCGUCAAAAACACGUACAGCACCGUUGUCAUCGGGAAUGGAUGCUCCACUGGAUCCGCAUGAGAAUCGUGUUCGGCUCGCAAACGGCGACGUCACCAGACUUUCUGGAAGUAAGACUGAAUUGUACGAUUGGAUCCACACGAUUUACCCUGUGCCGUUAUACCUUCCCCCCACUAUCGAACUUCUUUUGAUCCUCUCCGUAUUGAAAUGGACACCGAACCCACGUCUAUAGCAGAACGGUGGUUCCAGUCGUUUUCGGAAGCUAUACGGUCCCAAGACGCCAACGCUGUCUCUUCUUGCCUCUUCUCAGAUGGAUACUGGCGCGACCUUCUUACUCUGUCGUGGGAUAUUCGCACCUUGCAUACUGCUUCGACUAUCAAGACGUUCUUGGAAACAGACAGUCGCCUACAGAGCUCCGGGCUGCGUGAGUUGAAACUUGAGGGUGACCCGGUCCUUGUAGAGGCCAAGCCUGGAUUUACUUGGAUACAAUGUUUAUUCACGUUUGAAACCGACGUCGCCCGAGGACGAGGAUUCUUCCGGUUGAUGCAGGACAGUCAUGACAGUCUUUGGAAAGCAAAAACGCUUUACACCGGAAUCGAAGAACUGAAGGGACAUGAAGAGAGGCAGGGGAAGACGCGACCUUCCAGUGUCAAUUAUACCAACCACACGAACCGUAUUGACGACGAAGGGCCAGUAGUACUGAUAGUCGGAGUGGGACAAUCCGGUCUAUCCCUUGGCGCACGACUUCAACAACUCAACAUCAACACAGUCCUCAUCGACAAGAAUGAUAGAGUUGGUGAUAAUUGGCGAAAGCGGUACAAGUCUCUUGUUUUGCACGAUCCCGUUUGGUUCGACCACCUCCCUUAUGUCCCUUUCCCCGACCACUGGCCCAUAUUCUCACCCAAAGACAAGCUUGCAGACUGGUUCGAAGCAUACGCCAUCAUCAUGAAUUUGAACAUCUGGACGCGGAGCUCAAUCAAAUCCGCCACAUAUGAUGAGGUCUCUCACACCUGGACAGUGACGAUAUCCCGCAUGGGCCAUCCCGACCAGGUCAUCAAACCGAAAUUCAUCGUCCUUGCAACGGGAGUCAGCGGAGAGCCAAAUAUCCCCACGUUCAAAGACCAAAGUGUGUUCAAAGGUCCUGUUUAUCAUUCUAGCCAGUUCAAGUCUGGAGAAGGAUUCAAAGAUAAGAAGGCUAUUGUCGUCGGGUGUUGCAAUAGCGGCCACGAUAUUGCUCAGACCUUGUAUGAACAUGGUGCAGACGUCACGAUCGUACAGAGAUCCAGCACCUACGUUAUAUCCUCCACCGGUGUCGGAUGCUUACUUGGCCCUUUGUAUGGGGAAGACACGCCGCCAACAGAAGAUGCCGAUAUCAUUAACUUCUCGCUUCCUGUUCUCAUGUAUAACAACUUGCACAAGCAUGCAACCGAGCAAAUAGCUGAACUAGAUCGCGAUUUGUUGGAAGGAUUGCGGAAAGCUGGGUUCAAGCUUAACACUGGUAUAAACGAUGCGGGAUUGAUGAUGACAUACCUGUCCAAGGGAGGGGGGUACUACAUCGACGUUGGCGCAUCGAAACUCAUCGCUGAGAAGAAGAUCAAAAUCAAGCAGGGUCACGAAAUCAGCCAUUUUACUGAAAACACUCUUGUCUUCGACGAUAGGACGGCAAUCGAAGCGGAUAUCGUGAUUUUAGCCACGGGAUACCAGAAUAUGAAGACCACGGCCAUCAGGAUCCUCGGAUCCGAAGCAGAACGCAUCAGCGAAGUGUGGGGCCUUGAUACCGAGGGAGAACUCAAGGGUAUCGCGAAACCUUCUGGGCAUCCUGGCAUAUACACCUUCGGAGGAAACCUUGCUCAGGCUAGGUUCAUGAGUAAGCGGCUCGCGUUGAGAAUCAAAGCGCAGAUGGAAGGCCUCGCCCCGUUUUGAUAUUGAUAACGAAGUAUAUAUCUUUGGUCGAAAUUCUACUUCGAAAGCCUUAGCAUGUCUAAAUUAAAGUUCA